UCUCUCUCACUCCCCCCAACGCGGUCUUACAGUAUCUUCUUCAUUUAACAUCUCUGUCUGUCUCGCUCAAAUCGCUGAAUGUGUGUGUGUGUGUUUGCUGACUUAAAUUACGCUGUAACUUACCCAAGCAAUUGCAGAUUCCCAUCAUUACAGGCGGAGUUCAUAUUGAUACGCGCGCACCGUCGCUCUUCUCUACACAGUUAUUUUUAGCAUGUUCAGUCGCACUUUGCUGAGAGUGAAUGUGGAUUGAUUUGAUGAUAGUGCAUUAGAGUCGUUUUAGGCAGAAUUUUUGCUUUUUUCAGCACCGCAUUUAACGCGCGGGACCAAUGUUGCACGUAUUUCUCCUAAUGCGCUUUUACCCAAGUGUAGCUUAUGUGUACAGGCAAUGUUCACUCUCUGGCUUCUGAAGAUGCCUCCGCAAUUUUUGCCUCAAUAUACCAAGACAUAUUACCAAGUAAGAGCUGCGUAGCUCAUUCAGUAGACAUGUACACGGAAUUAUAAAUUAUAGGGAUAAACGGCGUGCGUUUAUUUCCAGCAUUUCGAACUUUCGUGGCUCAUCCCUGGCCGUCAUUCGAGUUAAAUGCAAGGAGAGGGAUGACUCCAAAACUGCGACUCCCACCUAAAACAUCAUGGCCCGCUGAUAUAUAUCGGAGAACUUUGGACUUUUCCGCUGUGGAUACCAACCAAAAAGCGCUGCAGCUUUGCGCAGUCAUUCCAACUUUCUAGUAGGCCUAAUUAAAUUAAUUAGGUUUGUGAAUGCAGGACGGAUGGUGUUUCAAGCUCUCUCAUGCCACCAACAAUUGUGAAAACAGGACAAGAAUGUGGCAGAAUCCCUUUUUGGAAACGUCUGAUAGAGAUUUCGUUGUCGAGUCGAGAAGACUGGAUUAAGUUCUUGAAAAUAGUGUUAUGCCUCUCAUGCUUGUUUCCUUGACACGACGGCUGUGAGAGCGACGGAGGAAUGCUGGUCCGAGAGAUAUUGCCGCUCAUUUUAGGUUUUUCGCCUUUUGUUUUUGGUCACUGCUUUCUAACAUCGUUUUUACUUUUAUUUCAGUUCACCCAGGGAGAGCUUCAGAGUUCAUGUGCGCGGAACGUGGCAGAGAGGGCGGGUGAGAGCUGCCAGCUGGCGUGCCAAUGUAGACCCUACCCUCCCCUGCCGCCCCCGCCCCCACCUCCUCCACCCCCCAGACUUCUGGUCUUCACUGUAGCUCCCUCCACAGUGCCUCCCAUGAAGCCAUGGUGGAAGGAGAUCGUGGUGUUGGGGACGGUGGGCUGUGCCUCGGUUGCCUUCCUCCUGUUGAUGGUCAUCAUCUGCUAUAAGGCCAUAAAGAGGAAACCCCUUCGGAAGGAGGAGAAUGGAACAAGCCGAGGGGAGUACGCCAUGAGCUUGCGCAGCAAGAAGACGGUGGACACCAACAACACAGGGGUGUAGGAAGUGCCCAGAUAGAAGGACCACGGCAACCACAACCCCAAACCACUAGAAAUGACAAGAAGCCCUCCUUGACUUUGAGAAGGCAGGGGGGCUGGUAGGAGGGAGAGUAUGAACUUGCAACCUAACAGCAAAUCAUGCUUCAGGCCAUUUUGGGAACAUAUAAAAGAGAGCUUGGCCGAAAUAGGGCUUGAGGGAUUAGCACUGGAAGCCUUAACGGAAUGGCUGGUCUCGUGGGGACUCGCUGUCUAGCAGAGACACGAUAACAGCUGCCAGCACAUUGGCCAAAUCUGUAAGUCCAUACAUCACCUUGGAGACCCCUAUGUGGACAGAAGCAAUGUGAAAUACAGAGGAUAAAAAAUCGCAUGCACAUUCUGUUGAAUGCAAUGUUUUCUGUCUUUCUCUUUAUGCACUCCCCCCAACACCCCACAUUUCAUUGUCUUGUUCCCCUCCUUCCCCUUCUUCUCCUGCCUCUGAAGGUUUCUUUGAUGACUAAGGCACAAAUCAGCCUUUUGUUAAUUGACAUUCUCCUUGAAACACAAAAUCUUGUUGAUGGACAAAGAUUGCAGUGGUCUGUACACCAAAAUAUGACAAAAGAAGAACUGUCAUCAUGAAGAGUUCUGUGUAUUGCUUUUGGUCUCUGACUAUGUAAUUUGAAAGGAUAUGAGAUAUGUUCCCAAGGGUUGUUUCCUUAUUAUGAAAAUAGGACGUGAGAGUAUCCAAUGCCGAUCAGUUAUGGAUUCUGUUUAGUGCUUUCCGACGCAGAUCUGCAUUUCAAUUUCUGAAGUACGUGUACACAGUAAGUUUAGGAUAUAUUAAUCAAUGAGAGAACUACAAAUCAAUUUCUUAUUUUGGUCAGCCCAUAGAAAUACACAUAAGUGAUUCAAAGAAAGUUUCUACAGGGGCUAUAUUAAAGGUGGACUUAGCAAUAUGACAUCAUGAUGCACAGUGGAGCGACUUCCUGCUUACAUAAAUGUGGGCAUGCCUCAAGAGGGAGCUGUAAUUGGGAAGAGCCAAUAGUGGCAGUCUUUCAAGUUUGUUAGUUUGUUAUUGCUCCGCUGUGUAUGAUGAUACAAUAUAGCUGAGUCUAACUUUAAAAAAGGUAGAAUUAACUUUUUAUUUGUUUUAUUUAUAAAUAUAUGUUUCCCCCAAAAAUGCACUCCAAAAAUGCAUUCUGUACUUGUUUUGCUCUUUUGUCAAAGUCUCUAUUGUAAAGUUUGGCUCUAGGAUUUAGUCUUAGUGGUUAAGAGCAUAGUGCCAGUAACCGAAAGGUUGUUGGUUCUAAUCCCCGAGCCGACUAGGUGAAAAAU